UGUAUGGACUGUUGUUGUGGAAGUUUAUUUCCAAACAAAUAACAUUUUGACUGACAGAUAUAUGAGGGUGCAACGUAGGUGCCAGUCCGGAUGUCGGGUUUGAUGUGACAGGAAGCCAGUUAUGCAGGACAGCAAGGUAUUGCACCUAUGGCACCUCCAAAAUGCUCUGGAUCUGAGGUUUUCAGUAGCGUGAAAAGACACCUUUAAUGAAAAAGCCAGCUCGAUUUUGAAGAAAGAAGAAUGGAGGAUCACUUGCUCGGAAGUGCCCUGGGCCAGUGGAGUUUUCUGCUAACAGGAGAACUGGCACAGCGUAUUGGGCACUGAGUGACACCUCAACCUGUCUAAUGAAAGCCUAGAGAUUAUAGAGCCCACCUCCAGGGCGUUACCAGGACAACAAGCAGAAGAGAGGGGCGAAGCCGGGUGGAGGUGAGGCUCGGCUCAGUGCGAGGGGGUUAAAUAGAAGGACACUGAGGUUUCACAUGUGAGCGCUCCGGCAGACUAGCUGGGAAACCAUAGCGGGAAAUGCCUCCUCCCCUGGACAUCAUCAAGGUCGCCAUUGAGUGGCCAGGAGCUAAUGCCCAGCUGAUAGAGAUUGACCAGAAACGACCCCUGGCAUCGAUCAUCAAGGAAGUAUGCGAUGGGUUCUCCCUGCCCAACCCAGAGUACUAUGCUUUUCGAUACGCAGAUGGCACCCAGCUGUACAUUACAGAACAGACUCGCGGUGACAUGAAGAAUGGAACAAUCCUCCGUCUGGCAGUGUCCCCAUCCAGAGCAGCUCGGCAGAUUCUGGAGAGAAUUCAGGGUCACAGUACAGAUGGAAGGCUGGAAGCCAUGAAAGAACUAGCCAAGCUUUCUGCAGACACUACCUUCGCCACUGAAUUCAUCAAUAUGGAGGGCGUGACAGUCCUUACCCGUUUGGUGGAAGGUGGCACCAAGCUGCUGUCACAUUACAGUGAGAUGUUGGCCUUCACACUUACAGCUUUCCUGGAGUUGAUGGAUCAUGGGAUCGUCUCCUGGGAUAUAGUCUCUCUGACGUUUAUAAAACAGAUUGCAGGGUUUGUCUCUCAGCCAUCAGUGGAUGUAUCAAUCUUGCAGCGCUCUCUUGCAAUACUGGAGAGUAUGGUGUUAAACAGCCAGGCGCUAUACCACAAAAUCGCAGAUGAGAUCACCGUGGGUCAGUUAAUAUGUCACCUGCAGGUCUCUAAUCAGGAGAUCCAGACCUACGCCAUUGCUCUGAUCAAUGCUCUGUUUCUCAAGGCCCCAGAAGACAAGAGACAGGAGAAGCCGCUGAAUCUGAUGGACGUUCCUGUUAGUGAAAUGGCAAAUACAUUUGUGCAGAAGCAUCUGAGAUCCAUCAUCCUUAAUCAUGUUAUAAGGGGUAACCGACCAAUCAAAACAGAGAUGGCCCAUCAGCUGUACGUGCUGCAGGUACUGACAUUUAACCUUCUGGAGGAGAGGAUGAUGACCAAAAUGGAUUCUAAUGACCAGGGACAAAGGGACUGUAUCUUUGAGCUGAGGAGAAUUGCAUUUGAUGCUGAAUCCGACUCCGGUGGCAUAUCGGGAGGAGGAACUGAGAAACGUAAAGCUAUGUACAGCAAAGACUACAAGAUGCUGGGCUUCACUAAUCAUGUGAACCCUGCGAUGGAUUUCCUUCAGACUCCCCCAGGGAUGCUGGCUUUGGACAACAUGUUGUAUUUGGCGAAACACCACCAAGAUACCUACGUUCGGAUUGUGUUGGAGAACAGCAGCAGGGAAGAUAAACAUGAAUGUCCAUUUGGCCGCAGUGCCAUUGAACUGACCAAGAUGUUGUGCGAGAUCCUGCAAGUCGGCGAAUUACCUAAUGAAGGCCGGAAUGAUUAUCACCCUAUGUUCUUCACACAUGAGCGCUCCUUUGAGGAAUUCUUCUGUAUUUGCAUCCAGCUGCUUAACAAGACCUGGAAAGAGAUGAGAGCCACUGCAGAAGACUUUAACAAGGUUAUGCAGGUGGUGCGAGAACAGAUCACUCGUGCUUUAACCUCGAAACCCAACUCCCUGGAGCAGCUGAAGAAUAAACUCCGCAGCCUGAGUUACACAGAGAUUUUAAGGCUACGGCAAUCCGAACGGCUGAGUCAGGACGACUUUCAGUCCAAGCCUAUUGUUGAGCUGCGGGAAAAGAUUCAGCCCGAGAUUCUGGAGUUGAUUAAACAGCAGCGGUUGAACCGGUUAUGUGAGGGAAGCAGUUUCCGUAAGACUGGAAACCGCAGGAGGCAAGAGCGUUUUUGGUUUUGUCGCCUGGCGCUGAAUCACAAAGUUCUGCAUUAUGGAGACCUUGAGGAUAACGUACAGGGGGAGGUGCCAUAUGAAUCCUUACAGGAGAAGAUUCCAGUUUCUGAUAUUAAAGCUGUGGUUACUGGAAAAGAUUGCCCUCAUAUGAAAGAGAAGAGUGCCCUGAAACAGAACAAGGAGGUGUUGGAAUUGGCAUUUUCUAUUCUGUAUGAUCCCGACGAGACUCUGAACUUUAUUGCACCAAAUAAGUAUGAGUACUGUAUCUGGAUAGACGGUGUAAAUGCGCUGCUUGGGAGAGAAAUGAACAGCGAGUUGGCUCGCACUGAUAUGGACACAUUACUCAGCAUGGAAAUGAAGCUACGCUUACUGGACUUGGAGAACAUCCAGAUCCCUGAAGUUCCUCCUCCUAUCCCCAAAGAACCCAGCAGCUAUGACUUUGUCUACCACUACGGCUGAUCUAGAACAGCAGCGCGAGGAAAUCCACGCCCACUAAUUGGGGAUAGAUUCUCUCAUUAACCAUCUUUUUAAGGGACCGUGGGGCUGACCCUGAGGCGGAUUGUGUUACCCAAAUCUGUGCCCCGAAAACCCUCUGUCUAUACCCUCUGAAGGCCUCUGGCUGGAUCGGCCUAUACAGUAACUCAAUGUAUGUGUGAUGCUAUGCACGUUACACGUCUGUAACCAGGUACAGUUUGACAUUCCGCCAGGUACUGAAGGGGCCGCGGCAUGCUGAACUUGCUGGCUUUGGUGUUGUAAAAUCCAGUCUAUGCCUUAAAAAUGUAGAUUGCAAUGAGAACUUCUGGGCACAGCUCUGCCGGUCAAAGCUUAGUGCACUGAUCUCCAAAUGACACAGCACAAUUGCUUCCCCUGUUUCUCCAACAGUGAAAUCCUAUUUUUUUUUUUUUUUUUUUGAAAGCUGCAAAAUGGUUUCUUUUCUGGGAGGAGUAAAACCCCUCUUACUUUCCCUUGCAAUAGGAAUAAAAUCGGGGGUAGGGCUGCCACCUUUUCUGGAAGAAAAUACCGGACUUCCAAUAUAUUUAUCUUUUUUCCCUAUUAAUAACAUUGGGAUCAACCAUAGUCAGCUAGACCGGUAAAAUACCAGGCAGGUGGCAACCCUUACCGGGGGGGUGAUAUAAUAUUUUGACGAAUGUUUUCUUUACUCGGUACGAAUAAAAUGUCCUACAGUCUCAAUCAUAGCCUUGGGCAGGGGCAGUUAGAUGUGGGGCCGAGGUGCAGGUACAAGGAAACUGCCAUUAAAAAUAAGCUGUAAUGUUACUAAUAAAUAAUACACUCCAAGGA